AUGGAUAUCAAGCCGAAUCACACGAUUUAUGUGAACAAUCUGAAUGAGAAAGUAAAAAAAGAUGAAUUGAAACGGUCGCUUCAUGCGAUUUUCACCCAAUUUGGGGAAAUUGUUCAGCUCUUGUCGUUCCGUAAAGAACGGAUGAGAGGACAAGCUCAUGUCGUCUUCAAAGAAAUCUCGGCUGCUUCGAAUGCUCUUAGAGCCCUUCAAGGAUUCUCGUUCUACGGAAAACCGAUGAGAAUUCAAUACGCUCGCGAGGAUUCCGAUUUGAUUGCGAAAGCGAAAGGAACGUACGUUGAGAGGAAGCCGGCGUCUGUUGGAAAAUCGAAUGUCAAGAAGAGUCAUGAGAAAUCGGUGAGAAUCAAAUCGGCUUCGACUAGUGAGACAGCACCGAAGGCCGAAGAGCCUGAAGCUCUCGGAAUCCCGCACAAUAUUUUGUAUUGUUCGAAUUUGCCAGAUAAUAUUGAUGUUCAGCAACAACUGAAAGCGGUAUUUAGCCAAUUUCCUGGCCUACGUGAAGUUCGUGUGAUGCCGAACAACAAAGGAAUCGCCUUCGUCGAAUUCGAAUCGGUUGAGUAUGCCGAACCGGCUGUACAUGCUCUCAACAACUUUCGAAUCACUCCGGACCAUCAUAUGAAGAUGAUUAAAGCGGGUUCAUCGAUUGAGGUGUGCAAUUUGAGAAUGUUGAGGUUUUUACCUCAAUUUCGCUGCAAAAACGACAAAUCGGCAAGGAAUUUGGCGUGCUGGAAAUGCAAUAAAGAUGUGACGGACCCGAUAAUAUGCCAAAAAUGUAAUGUUAUUCAACCGAUAACCUCCGGUCAGGAUUUUUUCAAUUAUAUGGGCGUGAAUUUCUCAUUUCACAUUGAUCAGAAGGAUUUGAAACGAAGAUUUCACGAGCUUCAAUCAAAACUGCAUCCGGAUAGAUUCAUGCAAGCCACUGACGAAGAGAAACGAAUGAGCGAAGAGCAUUCACGACGGCUCAAUGAUGCUUAUAAGAUGUUGUCGGACCCCUUUAAACGGGCUAAAUACUUAAUGAAGGAAUACGGAGAAGAAGUUGAGCAACAAGACAAUGAGCUUCUAAUGGAAAUGCUUGAACGGAAUGAAGUUGUUGAUUCGAUGACGGCCACCGAGGAGCUAAAUAAGGAGAAAGAGCAACUUUCGGAUGAAAUCAAUGCCGAGAUCGAAAAACUUGGCGAUUAUUUUGAAGCGAAACGAAUUCCGGAAGCGCGAAGGACCAUUGGACGUCUCACUUAUUUGUAUUCGCUCAAAAAUACGGUCAAUUCCAAAUUAGGGCUUUAUUAA